AUGGUUCAGGCAAUUCUGGUUUUCAAUAACCACGGGAAGCCGCGGCUGGUCCGCUUCUACCAGCGUUUCCCAGAAGAAAUUCAACAGCAGAUUAUUUGAGAGACCUUCCAUCUAGCUCUCAAGCGGGAUGACAACAUCUGUAACUUCUUGGAGGGUGGAAGUUUGAUUGGUGGCUCUGACUACAAACUGAUUUAUCAGCAUUAUGCUACCCUCUAUUUUGUAUUUUGUGUGGAUUCAUCAGAGAGUGAACUUGGGAUCUUGGACCUCAUCAAGGUUUUUGUGGAGACUCUGGAUAUAUAUUUCGAAAAUGUUUGUGAAUUGGAUUUGAUCUUCCAUAUGGAUAAGGUGCACUACGUUCUUCAGGAGGUGGUGAUGGGUGGGAUGGUGUUGGAAACAAACAGGAAUGAAAUCGUGGCUCAGAUUGAAGCUCAGAACAGGCUGGAGAAAUCCAAGGGUGGCCUUUCAGCAGCGCCCGCCCGGGCUGUGUCUGCCGUGAAAAACAUCAACCUGCCAGAGAUGCCUCGGAAUAUCAACAUUGGCGAUCUCAACAUCAAGGUCCCCAACCUGUCCCAGUUUGUCUGA